CCAGAAAGCCUCUCCAAAGUUAGUGACGGGCGGAGGAAGUCGUCUCAGAAAAGACUUUGUACUUUAGAUGAUAACUAUAUUCAAAGCUAACAAUCACCAGCGUUCUAGCUUUGAAAGAAGUAUCGUUUACGAAACAAAGGGCCUUAGACGCAACACCAGAUAAAUAAGACACAUAAAAUGCAGGGAAGCUUGAAAAAACUGAGGCUGAGGCACUGUCACACCUGUUUGGGGUAAAUGGUGAAAGAGACUUUAAAUAUCUACCCAAAGUAAAACCAGCUACCGUGUAGGAAGGUCUGUUUAUCUCACACAGUGGAAACGUCUUUCUUUAGAGUCCUCCGUGUUGACACGAAUCAUCACACCGUUCACGCUUUCAGUCUCCCUCUAUAACACAUCCCAAGGCCUCUCUGCAGGAUUUGUUUCUGGAGUCUGGAAAAGGCCAUUAAAAGAGGGUAAAUCAUGGCGAUAAAAGGAUGCACAUGGUUACCAACAACCCUUACAGUGCUGUGAUUGCUUCAAGGAUCUCAGAGUGUGGAGAGAAAAGAUUCCCUACACAGCAACAUCAGUCUUUACUUUUGGCACAUGGCAGGUCAGCACAGGGGAAUCAUGCUCUUGAUUCUCCAAUCAGAACAGGGAUUCGCCACACCAGCUUUUACUUUUCAGUCACGUUUCUGCUGCCUGCAGUCUUACAGUUCUGUACCUGCCACUCACUGCGUGGUUUCUGCACCAUUCUGAGUAAACCCUGGAUGCUGAUGGGCAGGCUGAGGUCUUCCCUUAUCCGGAAAUUGGAAAUGAUGAGGUGGAGGAGAUAAAGCAGCUUGUUGCACCGGUAGAGAAGUUCUUCAGUGAUGAUGGUGAGUUGACUCAGCAAAAAUUGACAGAGAGGCCACAAUUCCUCUGGAGACUCUGCAGGGGUUGAAGGAUCUCGGGCUGUUUGGAAUCAUGAUUCCUGAAGAAUACGGGGGUCUUGGAUUAUCCCACACUAUUUAUGCACGACUGAAUGAGAUCAUCGCCUUAGACGGCUCCAUCGCCGUCACACUGGCUGCUCAUCAAGCCAUUGGACUGAAGGGGAUCCUGAUAGCAGGCAAUGAAGCCCAGAAGAAAAAGUAUCUGCCCAAGCUGGCCUCAGGGGAGCACAUCGCAGCUUUCUGUCUGACAGAGCCUGGAAGUGGCAGUGACGCAGCCUCCAUUCAGACCCGUGCAACCCUGUCUGAAGAUGGAAAACAUUACCUGAUCAACGGCUCCAAGAUCUGGAUUUCAAAUGGAGGCAUGGCGGACAUCAUGACCGUGUUCGCCAGGACUGAGGUGGAAGUAGAUGGUGUAAAGAAAGACAAGAUAUCUGCAUUCAUCGUGGAGAGGGCUUUUGGAGGGAUCACCAGCGGCAAGCCUGAGGACAAACUGGGCAUCAGGGGAUCCAACACCUGUGAGCUGUCCUUCGAUAAUGUCCCAGUACCAGUAGAGAACGUGAUCGGAGAAAUUGGAGGUGGAUUUAAGAUCGCCAUGAACAUCCUGAACUCAGGGAGGUUCAGUAUGGGCAGCUCCUGUGCUGGAAUGAUUAAAAAGCUGAUCGAGCUGACAUCUGAGUAUGCCGCUACCAGGAAGCAGUUUAACAAAAGCCUGAGUGAGUUUGGUAUGAUCCAGGAGAAGUUUGCAAUGAUGGCCCUCAAUGCCUUCGUGAUGGAGAGCAUGGCAUACCUGACAGCAGGGAUGAUGGACAGACCGGGCGUUCCAGACUGUUCUCUGGAGGCAGCCAUGGUCAAGGUGUUCAGCUCGGAGGGAGGCUGGAUUUGUGUGAGCGAGGCUCUUCAGGUGCUCGGAGGUCUGGGUUAUACCAAGAACUAUCCCUUUGAGCGCUUCGUCAGGGACUGCCGCAUCCUGCCCAUCUUUGAGGGUACCAAUGAAAUCCUGAGGAUGUACAUCGCUCUCACUGGAAUGCAGUAUGCUGGCAAAAUCCUCACAGGGAAAAUAAAGGAGAUGAAGAAAGGAAAUAUAGGUCUUGCGAUAGGCAUGGUCAGCAAGAAACUGAGGACCUCGCUUGGAGCUUCAGUAGACCUCGGCCUGACGGGGAAAGAUGGAGUGGUGCAUCCCAGCUUGGAAGACAGUGCAAAGAAGCUGGAGCAGAACGUCAGCCUGUUUGGGUCGACUGUGGAGAGCCUGCUCUACAGAUAUGGAAAGACCAUAGUGGACGAACAGCUCGUCCUGAAGAGGGUGGCAGACGUGCUGAUCCACAUGUACGCUAUGACAGCCGUCCUGUCCAGAGCGAGCCGCUCCAUUAGCAUCGGCCUCAGGAAUCACGACCACGAGGUGCUGCUUGCAAACACAUUCUGCAACGAUGCCUUCUUUAAGAACAAUUACUGGAUGGUUCAGCUGCAAAAACACUCUCCUGAGAACAACGAUGCCAACAUCAAGAAGAUUGCCAAACAGGUCCUGGAGAACAGAGCCUACAUCUGCUCUCACCCUCUCGAAAGAACUUACUGAGCUCUCCACUGAGACCAUAAUACUGUUUCCUGUAUUCUGAUUGGACUAUUUUGACCAGUCCCAAUGAUGCGUCUCCAAUCUUGUAUUAGUGGUUGUUUUUACAUUCAGUAAAACAUGAAGAGAUUAAUAUUAGCUGUUUUAUAUUAAUAAUAACUUCAGUGGGUCAGACUUCUACUCUGAUGGCAUUACAUGAAACUCAAUCCUAAGUGCUCUUUCACUUUAAUGCUAUAAUGAAUAAUUUUGCAGGAUAGCAGUUUUAAUGAGCCUGUUUGGACACCAGGUUUUCCUGAAUGGCUGACCUUUACUGUUGUUUAAUGCUACUUUUGAAACCUGAAGAUGCUCCUCUCCCUGUCUGUCAGAGGCAGGGCAGUCCGCUUGUACAAAAAUGAAUGCUGCUCACAGAAUCCACUGUAAGAGGCAACAGAAAAAAAGCAUAUAUUACUUCAGAAAUCUUUCUUUCAUUUCUCCAGCAUUUGCCUUUUCAAACAGCACUUGAGCUCACUUGUAGUGAUACUUGCUGUACUGAGAGUUGUGUCUGGGAAAGGCGUUUCUUCCCAGGCUGCAGGCCACGCAUGGGCCUGGAGCCAGAGGCACUCUCUCCCGUUCCUCUGCUUUGUUGUCAGCAGCGUUCAUCACGGACAGUUGAGGAAAAGGCUGUAACACAAAAUGCAGCUCUUGGCUCAAAGAUUUCCUCAGUUAGGUGCAAGAAGAGCCACGACGACAAAAGAAAAACAAGUAUACAAGAUCUAAACUAAACAUGUGUAGCAUAAAUGGCCUUUAAAGUUGCAUUUUUGUUAACACUUUUGUGAACUGCUGUAGCUGGAAAAAAAUGCAUGGGAAACUGUUAUCUUACAUGAGAUUGCACCAACUACGCAUGCUCCGCAAAUGGUGGACUUCAAGUGGACAUCAAAGUAGCGUGACAGGACCUGGCCAUGGGAUCCCCAGCUGUCUGCGUCCGCAGUGGAUUAUAAUCUAGGCUUAAUGUGUUUUUGAUUGAUUGAUUGAUCAUACUUUAUUCAUCCCGAGGGAAAUUGGGUUAAGGCUGCCAGCCGUGCCAGCGCCAUCACUAUUUUGUCACUAUGGCUAGUUUCUCCUUCCAUAGCAACCUCCUAAACAAGAAGCGCUAGCUUCUGGACUUCACUGAGGUACCACCUUUGUUAAUUUAAGGGAGUGAACCAGACCUCUAGUCCAUAAUUGUCUAAUCUAGCAAGUUUGUGCUCCAAAUUUGGAGAGUGAAAUUAUUCAAUUUUAUUUAUACAGCGUGAAAUCACAAAAGUUGCUUCAAGGUAUUGCAAGGUAGACCCUACAAUAAUACAUACAGAGAAAAACCCAACAAUCCUAUGAGCCCCUAUGAGCAAGCACUUUGGCGACAGUGGGAAGGAAAAACUCCCUUUUAACAGGAAGAGACUAUGUGUCAAUAGACACACAGUGAGUGAGAAAGGUGACUGAAGAAGAAAUACUCAAUUGUGGGAAUCCCCCAGCAAGAUACACCUAUAGGGUCACCUGAUCCAGCCCAAACUAUAUGCUUUAGCAAAAAGGAAAGUUUUAACCCUAAACUUAAAAGUUAAAAAAUACCUUAAUUCCAAACUGGAAGCUGGUUCCAUAGAAGAGGGGCCUGAAAACUGAAGGCUCUGCCUCCCAUUCUACUUUUAAAUACUCUAGGAAUUAUAUUAAAUAUUAAAAGUAUUUUAUUAAUAUUGGAUUCAUUGAGUGUUCAUGUAUUACACCUGUACAGUUUUGUGUUGCUGACCAAGCAUUAACUGAUAAUCUCAGCCUCUUGUCUGGUAUGGCGACUUCAGGGUCCCACAAAAAAAAAAAAAAAAUGCAUCUUUGACACAGGUGACUUCACAGUUUUAUAUACAGUCUAUGCUAUUUGAAACCGAACCAUGUAAUAUAUGAAAGAUUUAUCCAAUAAUAAUAAAAAAAAUCUUGAUUAUCAA